AUGUAUACUAACGAAUAUGUGGAUGCUAAAGAUCCAUCCCAUCCAGCCAAUUUGAUUUGCGAAUUGUGUCGUUUAUUUUAUGAUAAAGACUGGGUAACUGGUACUGGGGGAGGAAUUUCCAUUAGAGACACUGAAGGAGAAAAUCCUAAUUUGGUAUACAUUGCACCAUCUGGUAUUCAAAAGGAAAAAUUGCAGCCAUGGGAGAUGUUUGUAGUUGAAUUGCCGGGUACUAAGAUUUUAAAUACUCCAAAUAAUUGUCCUAAGGAGUUGACUAAAUCGUAUAAGUAUAAACCAAGUGCAUGUACUCCAUUAUUUCUUAGUUGCUACAACAUGAGAGACGCAGGAGCCUGUAUCCAUACCCACUCUCAAAAUGCAGUUAUGGCCACUUUAUUAUGGGAAGAGUCUAUUGAAUUCAAAAUAAAUAAUAUUGAACAAAUCAAGGCCAUUCCUAAACUUGAAUAUAAUAAAACUACUCAAAAAGUGGAAAAAAUCGGGAAUUUAGAGAAUUAUGAUACGUUAGUAUUACCCAUUAUCGAUAAUGUUCCUCAUGAAGAGGAUUUGGUUGAUGACUUAGAAAACGCAAUCUUAAAAUAUCCUGGAGCCACUGCUGUAUUAGUUCGUAGACACGGAAUCUAUGUUUGGGGUGAAAACAUAUGGAAAGCAAAGGUAUAUAAUGAAGCUUUGGAUUACUUAUUAGAAUUGGCUGUUAAAAUGAAAUUAGCAGGAAUUCCAACCGUUAAGAAUAAUUAA